AUGGACCAGAGCGACAAUGAUCUCCAGGGCAGCGAUGGCUCAGGGAGUUUGGGAGGGCCGGACGUUCGCAGACGGAUCCCCAUCAAACUCAUCUCAAAGCAGCCACUCAGGAGCAAGCCUCCCCCCAGAGCUGUGAGGACAGGAGGCCGUGUGUGCAAAAGCGAGCCAGGAGACGAGGAAAACUUUGGAUUCAAACAGGAGGAGCGUUUUGACUGUGGAGCGAAAGAUGUUUAUGGGAACCAGAGGAGAUUCCUCCAACCGCUUUUCUGGGACUGUAAGGUGCACCUGAUUGGAGAAAAAGACAAGUUGCCCAUUCACUUCUGUGACAAAUGUGGGCUGCCCAUUCAUCUGUAUGGGCGAAUGAUCCCUUGUAAGCACGUCUUCUGUUAUGAGUGCGCUCUGCUCCAUGAGAAGAAAGGAGACAAGAUGUGUCCAGGGCUGACCAUGCUGAGCUGCUCGGACGCGGUGCAGCGUAUAGAGCAGUGUCAGCGCGGCUCUCUUUGGAUGUGUUCUGUAGUCCCCGGCUGUAAACGUACAUACCUCUCUGAGCGCGACCUCCAGGCCCAUGUCAACCACCGCCACAUGCGCUCGGUUAGCAAGAGCGGCCGCAACCCACCCUCUGACCACCCCGAGCGCUAUCGCGGCCCUCCUCCACACCUGCAGAAAGGCCACCACCUCCAUGACCCAUACAGCCAGCCGCCGCCUGGACCACACGACGCAUCAACACCUGGUGCCGGAGAGACUUUCCGUAUCGCCACAGUAACCACACGGAAGCACAGUAACCUGAUCACUGUGCCCAUCCAGGACGAUUCAGGUCUUGACUCGGGUCCAGGCAGAGAUGGCAUGCCUCAGCCUCCCCCCUCCCACCAUCACUCUGGGGACUAUGCAACGCAGCCUCCCCCUGUCGUGUCCCACCCUCACCACCUCAUGCCUCAGCAGCACUUCGGCCCCCCGCCUCCGCCACCCCCUCCCAUCAACCACCCCAUGCAACACCCGCAGGGCAGUGGUACACCUCACAUGGUCUACAACCAGGCUCCUCCGCCCAUGUCCAGUGCCCCCCCACCCAUCACCCCUCCGCCCGGGCACAUCCUGGGCCAGAUGCCCCCCUACAUGAACCACCCUCCACCCCAGCACAGUGGCCCUCCUCCCCCUGUCAAUGCCCCACCACCCCCGCACCACUACAAUCCCAACUUUCCAGAAGACCAGGCUACGCUCAGCCCGCCGUUCACUCAGCCAGGGGGCCUCAGUCCGGGCUUGUGGCCGGCUCCCAGGGGUCCCCCUCCACCGCCACGCAUGCAAGGACCACCCCCACCUCAGGGGCAGAUGGGAGGGCCGCCCCAGCACCACCCGGACCAGGGCAGAUACAGACCCUAUUAUCAGUGA